GCAGAAGGACACUUUGAUGUCACCCUUUCCUGAGGCGUUCUCUUGACACCUCAUCAGUAGUAGGGAUGACCUAACAAUAGGUCUCCAGGGCGGUCAUUCCUGGGGCCCCAUUUCUCUCUGUGGCUUCGGCCCACUACUAGUCAUGGCCGGCAAGCUCUAUUGGCGAUAUAUAUACAUUGUGAGAAAUGAGAAUGGUGAGGAGAUAGCUGAGGUCCCCACCUUAGAGGCUGCCUUGGAGAUGGUGGGUGGCAACUCUAGUGGAGGUGACGCCUGCUGCGUAAUGGCACUAAAUAACGGGGGCCACCAGGUCCGUGAGGGCCAAAACAACUCUGAGGAGAGCAGUAGAGACCCGAACUCCUCUUCCUCAGAACCUCACCAAGAGGAGCCAAGGCCCUCAGCCGAGCAUGUGAUUCGGGUUCCGAGGCGCCGUUCCUCACGAAGGCGACGGCGAACCACAUUCCAGUUCACACUGGGGCAGGUUGAGGAAAUGGAAAAGAUAUUCAAAGAAACCAAGUACCCAGAUGCGCUGGCCAGGAAAGAACUUGCAAAUGCUUUGAAUGUUACUGAAGUCAAAGUGAAGGAUGGGGCUGAUUGAACAAAAGGGUAUACUGCAGGACACACCAAGGAUCCCAGUGCCACUCAAAUGAAUGAAGAGAUGUUGAAGAGGUAGGAAAGACAGAGGAGAGAUGUGGGGCUUUUGUUUGGUUGUUUCAUUGAUUUAGUUUGGCAUUUUUUACAUUUUCUUUUGGGGUAGGGACUCUGCAAGGGUGAAGGGAGGAUAUGGAGGGACUGGGAAAUGAGAAGAUGUGGGGUCCAUGAUGUGAAAUUCCCAAAAAAUCAAUAAAGAAAUUGUGUGUGG